AUGUUCCUCAUGAAUUUCUUCCAGACGAAACACAUCGGUUUGGCUCUGUUGCCUAUGAUCAGUCUUCUCCACUCCGGCCAGGUUGGACUUGCAGAUGGUCGAGAGGUCAAUUGCAAGCUGCAUUUCGAGAGUGAUGACAGCAAAGCGGAUGCCGCCUGCUGGUCGGACGAAAACACGAAGUUUACAUGCCCAAAAACUUCCUGCAGGUCAGUUAAGUAUCCCGAGCGCCACUUUGGUCAAUUGGUGUAUUUACAUUGUCUAAACGAAGAUGCAGCGAAGUACGACGUUAAAGUCCACCCACGUAGCUAUCACCAUUACCCCAAGGGAGACCCCAAAUGGAAUUUUGUUCCCACCGGAUUCGUUGGUAAGGGUUUCCUUAGAAAAAAUCGUCCGUGA